UUUUUGCAGUGCGCCUGUACUCCCAGAUCACCCCAGCACUUUCCCGACACUUGCCUGCGUGGACACAUCGUUUGGGACAUCUGCGCGCAGUAUAUAAGGCGCAGCCAGAGCAGAGGCCACAGGCCUGGAGUAAACAGCGGUGGGAUCAGCAGAGGACCGCGUGCGUAAAGGUGAUGCGCAACUCAACUCCGAGGACGUAAAAGUUUGAAAAGUUUUACUGCGAGCUGCUUGAUUCAUACUUUAUUCCAUUUGGAACUUUUGACUCAUGGCUGAGGGAGAUUACUACACGAUGGGGAGCCGUCAGCGCUUUCCCCGGGACCCUUUCAGCGAGUCCCCGUUCAGGGACCAGUCCCCGUUCAGAGACCAGUCCCCGUUCAGAGACCAGUCUCUCGCGUCCCGCUUCAUGAACGAGGACUUUGGGAUGUCUCCGUUUCCCGAUGACCUCGCUAUGGACUGGCCUGGCUGGGCACGGCCCGGCCGCCUCAGCACGCGGAUAGGACCGAUGCCUUUCAGUGGCGGUUUACGCACAGGUUUUCCCGCGCGCACGUCCACGGGAGGACCCACAAUGUACACGAGCAGAUACGGGGAGCCCUCGUCACAUAACGCCCCCACCACAACCAACGGAGAGCCGUGGAAAGUGUGCGUCAAUGUGCACAGCUUCAAGCCAGAGGAGCUGCACGUGAAAACCCGAGACGGGUUUGUGGAAGUGUCAGGAAAACAUGAAGAGAAACAGGAAGAAGGAGGCAUAGUGACAAAGAAUUUUACAAAGAAAAUACAAAUCCCCAUUGACGUGGACCCAGUGACAGUGUUCGCCUCCUUGUCACCAGAGGGCGUACUCAUCAUCGAAGCACGACAGACUCCUCCCUAUCACCUCUUCAGCAACGAGGACCUGCUGCCCGGGGAAACAGAGCACCUCGAGCCCUCUCCACCUCCAGAGGCACCCAUGGUUUAACCGAUAACAUGGCCAGACACAUGAGCACCGCACAUUUCAGACAUGCAACUGUUAGAACCAUAUAGGCCAUUUUGUUAAGUGCAAUCUGAUCGUUAUCUGAUUAUUGGAGUAGGGUGACCAGAGUUUCAAAAUUCAAAACUGGGACACAUCUGAGUUGGGAUGGUUGGUAUAAAGAGAACUCAAACACUGUCCAUUCUCGACAUUCUUGUGGGUCAGGAUAUAAUCUGAGAGACUUUUGUAGGUGCAGUUUUUGAUUUAUGCUCAUUUUCAAUCACGGUUUUCUAUAUUUUAGCUGUACAAAUGACAAUAUAUUGCUUUCUUUACUGUUGGUGGGGGUCAAAUUGAUCAAAAAAGGCGGCAUUUCUUGUAUAAAACUGGGACAAACCAGUGUUUUUUGGAUAAAUCUGUUGGGAUAGGGGAUACUAAGGACAUCUGGUCACCCUUUUCUGCAGUUAUCAGAUAUUGAAUUGUCAUGUAAACAUCUAUAAACUGAUUUCUUUUGGAUUUUUCACACCUGCGCGGGUUUUGCCAGGGAAAGUUAUGCGUAAAUGUGCAAACUGAUCUGGCAAAGAGUAUACAAAUAACAGUAAACACCAAAAAUCUGAUAAUUAUUGUGGAUUAUUCUAUUAAUCAGAUUUUUACUGGUCAUAUAAAUGUACCAUUGUCUGAUAAUGAAGUCUUGGCACAGUUGCGUUGCAGAGGGUUGUACUAUGUCAAGGUUAGAUCACCAAUUUGCCUUGUCUUUUUGUCUACAAAUAUGCAAGUUUUGUCUUACUUGUUUCAAAAAUCGAAUGCCAUUGUAUUUUUCCUUUUUGGUGUUUUGUUAACAUGAAUUUAGAUAAAACCAUACGAAUUUUUAUCAAGCAGUUCCCCAUUAUACAAUUUGUGUCGCAUUAUUUAAUGAAAACCACUGAUUUAAUUUGUUUAUUGGUGCAAGUUAUUGCUUUGUGUAUGUAUAUAUAAAAAAUAAAAACAUUUACUUAGACGGCUAAUUCAUGUUCCCAACAGAAGAGAAAUAAACGACUUUUUCAAAUGGAAUUUUAAUGGAACAAUUUCACUGUGCCUUUAUAUCUUUGCAUUCACUUAGUUUCAGUUUAACAGUUAUGAAUGUUGUGAGUCACGCAACACUCUUAUAUAUACUGUCUGUGUAUGUAAAUAAAUAUUCAACGAAAUUCAUUAGUGUUGUACGGAUAGACCUUUCCAUCAGCGUUAUCAAAGCAUCUACAGUACAUCAUCUAGUUUGGUGACCGGACUGUAUUGUUUUCCAGUUGUUUUCAGCAAAUUUCAGCAAACUAAACAUAAUUAAAUGUGAAAAUCAAUAAAAAAUAACAACAUUUAAAUC